AAGUAGUUAUUUAAAGUAGAAAAUCAAAGUUAAUUAGAUGGUUUCUUUUCAAAAUGUUAAAAGAAUUAAGCAAAAAGAAAGACAAGCUGCUAUUCGAAAAGCUAUGGUAUUAGUUGGCUCAAGUUUUCCAGAAGAUGGAGAUGAAGAAUUUCUUACAGCUUCUGCUGAAAUGAUAGCAAAGAAAAUAGCAGCAAGAGAACCUAGAUGGACAUCGGAGAAUGUUGUAAAGGCUUAUAUACGUAGCUCUAUUCGAAAUAAUGAAAAAAUAAACUUUAUAACAGAAGUAUUUUUUGUUGAGGCAAUUGAGCAAGCGAUACUUUUAGAUAAGGAAUUGGAGCUUGGGAAGUCGCCGAGAGGGCCUCUUCAUGGUGUUCCUGUGUCGUUUAAAGAUACGUAUAAUAUAAGUGGAUAUGAUUCAUCUCUUGGAAUCUCAACUUUUGUUUGUAAACCUUCUCUAGAUGAUUCUGCUCUUGUAAAGAUGAUAAAAGAUAUGGGCGGAGUGAUUCUUUUCAAGACAAAUGUUCCUCAAACGCUUUUUACAUUUGAAUGUUCUAAUCCUAUUUUUGGAAGAACUCUAAACCCAUUUUCUUGCAAAUAUACAUGUGGUGGUAGUUCUGGUGGUGAAGCUGCUUCUCUUUCUUCUAACUCAUCCGCUUUGGGUUUUGGAAGUGACAUUGGUGGUAGCCUAAGAAUUCCUGCACAUUAUUGUGGUGUUUGUUCUUUAAAGCCAUCUUCUGAUAGAUUUCCUUUAAAAGGACAUUUUGGAAUUGUUGAAGGUUUUGAGGGAAUCCGUGUUGUUGCUGGCCCUAUGACGAGAUCUGUUUCAGAUUUAAAGUUUAUUACUAAAGCUAUAUUACUUUCUAGGCCUGAAUUAUAUGAUUUUUCAUGUAUACCUUUACCAUGGAGGGAACCAUUACAACCAGAAAAUAAUUUAAAAGUAUUUGGAUAUUAUUUUGAAGACGAGUUUACUUUAACAUCUCCUGCAUGUCGUAGAGCAGUUCGUAUGGUAGUUGAUUCACUUAAAGCUGCUGGUCAUAAAGUUGUUGAGAUACGUCCUCCUAGUUCUUUUGAUGCUGUUGAAAUAUUUAUUGGUUUGUCGUCUAGUGAUGGAUAUAAAAGUAUUUAUGAUGUUAUUAAAAAAGACCCAUUGGAAAAGAAUCUUCGACUUUUCGUCUUGUCUUCUUGGAUUCCUUAUUUUAUAAAAUCUAUUAUUGGAUAUAUAAUUGAAAAUAUUAUUUGUGAUUUAAAGCUUUCUUUGGUAUUUAAAGCAGUAAGGAAAAAGAAAUUUACAGAAUAUUGUCAUCUUGUUCAUAGACGCAAUCUUUAUCGCAAUGAAUGGUUCAAAAUUUGGAAUUAUUAUAAACUUGAUGGUAUAAUCGCGCCUAUUAAUCCUCUUCCUGCGUUACCUCAUAAUGGAACAACGAAUGUUGCACCUAUUGCUGCAUCAACUUUCAUUUAUAAUCUUUUGAAUUAUUCAGUUGGUUGUCUACCAGUAACAUUCGUAGAUUCUUCAAUAGAUAUUUUAUCUGAUGAAUAUAAAAAAUGGGAUGGGAUAAUGCAUCAAAAAUUAUAUCAAUCAACUCAGCCAUUGUAUGAUCCUGAUAAAAUGCAUGGACUUCCUGUGGGUGUUCAAGUUAUAGGGCAACAAUGGCAAGAAGAAAAGGUGAUAGAAAUGAUGUUUGAUGUAGAAAAUGCAUUAAGAGCAUUUGAAUGA